AUGCUGACUUCGUGUCUUAUGGCGGUUGCAAUUGCUAGCACCGCAACUGCUUUCACUCCUCCAGGAGCCCAACCGGUUUCUACAAAAAAUCUUACGGUGGCAUUUGGCAAUACGCUGGCAAUAAAUGGCAUGAAUCUUCCCCGAGAUGCUACCGGAUCAGCACCGAGCCUCGGAACCGCUGAAAAGUUGACUGGUACAUAUGCGAUCUUGAUGGUCGAUCUCGAUAUUCCACCUGCGAUGGAAGGUGGCGCAACCAGCCAACUCCUGCACUGGAUGCAAACCGGUCUGGAAUCCGCCAAUACUAGCACUACAAUCGCUGGAACGAAAGUGUUUGAGCUCGUCAAUCCCUCCAAGGCAUCUCCAGUCGCCGCAUAUCGCCAACCCAAUCCACCGAACAGAAACCCAGUUUCUCAUCGAUACACGCAGUUUCUCGUAAAUACUACGGGAAACACCGCUGCGUUAGCAAGUUUAACUCAGGCGGGGGCUACGAUCCGAAAUUUCAGCGCCGCCAAUGUGAUUAAGAGCGCUGGAGUUGAUGUCGCAGCUGGCAACUGGUUCAACGUUACGAAUGCUAAUGCUACUGGGGCUGGAACGAAUGGUGCGAGCCAGACAAAUUCGACGUCCCAGGCGGCGGCUGGUGGAGCUGUUAGGAUGACGGGCAAUAGCGGAGCUGCGCUGGCAGGGCUAUGGCUUCUGGUAGCAGCUGUUGCUAUCCUGUAA